UGCACUUACUGUCAACACAGAGAGCCUCCAAGAACUUGCUACACAUUUCCUCUCUUGAUUUUUCACCUUUUUGUCUCGGCUCACUUGAAGGCUCGGCUCCACAAGUAGCUGUUCAAGAAUGAUGCGCCCGAAAGAUUUACGCCAGGGCUCUGGCACCAAGACCUUUUUAGAUGCUAUGCACGGCGGUAAAGUUCACCUCGCACGCUUCAUCCUGGACGCCAUGGACGGACGCAUCAUCAAUUCUAAGACAGAAAACAGCCGCACCCCGCUCAUGUACGCUGUCUGCUUGCAAGACCCCGGGACCAGGGCCAAGUUCACCCGGCUGCUGCUGGAUAAAGGGGCCGAUGUCAACUGCCAGGAUGAGGACGGUCGCACUGCCCUGAGCCAUGCCUGUGAGGUGGGUCAUCUGGACAUUGUCAAGGUUCUUGUGCAGUUCAAUGCUGACCCAGAAGUUUUUGACGCCUGGGGUAACAGCGCCCUAAUGUAUGCUGCCUUUUCUGGGCACAGCCAGGUCCUGGAGUUUCUUGUCCGGGCUUUCAAAAGACUUGGACUGAGACUGGACAGACCCAAUAACGCUGGUCAUUCCGCCAUUGAGGUGGCCAGGUUUUUUGGACACAAACAGUGUUUGCAGAUUCUGAACUUUCCUUGCAGGAGAGGCGUCAGCACAGAUGAUCCACAUGCUGAUUCAGCGACCAUCAGUGAAGGAGAGUGCCCGCUGCCCAAAAGGCUUCCUCGGCAUGUUCUGGAGAGGUUCUCCAAGCAGCUGAUUAACAACGAAGACAAACUACCCGAAGUAUUUCAGAGACAGCUGAAGAUUGGAGACAGCAAUGGGCUGUGGAACCGCUUCAGAUGUCCAAGGAGCCAGUCUCAAGACGACAACUAUCGCCAAAGCUGGGCUCUGCCUCCACAGAUAGAGAAAAGCAAGACUGAGGGGGAUCAUAAAGUACUCUUCACUACUAAACAACUGCAGAACUGCCAGCUUAAAGAGCUAAGAGCUAAAACACUGAACUCUCUGCCUGAGCCAAGCCAGAAAGACACUGGACUCCAAGAGCCAACCCCAGUAAGUUUUCCUCUCUGGGGAAAAGCAAAGUCAUUUAACCUGGACCUUCUGAGCAGCAGAAAGCAGUCUUAUCAGGGUGAUGUACAUGGCAUCAGCCUGUCAGCCAGCAAAUUAAAGAGAGCCUCACUACAGGAUGAGAGAUGCCUGAUAGAUAAGAUUGAAUGUCAAGGGAACACCCGGGGCCUGACAAAUGAUGCUGACAAAUCUGUCUCUGUGCCAAAACCUCUUUCAAACGGCAAGAGUCAGCCGGGGAGGGCACUCGAGGAGAAUGUCAAAUCACUGAGAGAAGAAGCUAAUGACUUGGCUCCAUCAAGCAGAAGAGAGCAGCAGGAGAGGGGGAGCUUGGGCCAGACCGACCGGCACAACAAGCUGCUGUUUGCCAGAGGGGAGAUCCGCACCCCGGGGUUCAUGGGCCUGGGGACCAGACUGCUGCGUCGAUUCACCGCACCAGAUUUCAUGAGGAUGGUGAUAGACUGUUCAUCUGGCUCCUCAAACGGCCGAGGGAAGAUUUCCCGCUCGGAAACUUUCCCCUUCUCGCACACACACCAGCAGGUCAACAGCCAGCCGAGCGUCGACAGCAUCAGCGGAGUGAAGUGUGAGUUUGAAAGCUGCUCAUCUCAGUCCACCCUCCAUUAGAAUUAGCAACAAAAUAGCAGGUGGGGGACAAUUUUACAGCAAUGCAAUUUGAUUGCUUCGUCGUAUAUUCUAUUUAUCGAGAGAAAUACUAACCUUUUGCUUGUGAGUGCAGUUCAUGUGUUUUUUCAAUGUGAACUAAUACAAAUAUUUCAAAGUUAUCUGUUCAGUUGCAUACAGCUGCUUACAUUUUUGCUAAUAUAUAUUUUAAAUAAUUUAUAAAUGAAUAUUAUCAGUCAAUGGAAAUUAAUUUUGUUCACACACAUAAAUAACAUUUAUAUUGUAUGGGAUUAAAUGGAUUUGAUAUUGCUUCUGUGAUUAUAAGAAAUAUUGCAUGUAUUAAGCUUGAAUAAAUUCACUGUGCAAUGUAUGAAUCAUGCUGAAUACCUAAUAAAUACUUUAAAAUACCAGUA